CGCCCAGUUUAAAUCAGGCUCCCGCGAAACGAACAUCAUUCUAAAUUUGAAUUUAAUUUUUUUAUAAACAUAGACAAAGAAUGCAUGCCAGUUGACGGUAUAGCGAACAGGUUUUGCAUGCGGUCAGUGGCUCGAGUAAGGAGGAUGCACUAGGGUUCUGUGUAACGAAAUGGAGCGGUUUACUUUAGCGGUCCUGUGCAUCAUAGCUCUUUUUGUCAUCCAAACUUAUGGGGAUGGGUCUGUUUUAUCAUCAGUACUAACUCCUGAAACAGUUCGUCAAGAGAGAAGCUAUGAUAGGUACGGCUAUAGACCCUACGAUAGAGACGAUCGACCCUCGAGAUGCGGUCGAUGUGAUGAUGAUGAUGACGACGACGAUAGGAGUCGCGAGAGAGGUGAUGACCGCAGAUCGAAUAGACCUAGUUACGGUAGUAGGAGUGAUAGGAAUAGAAAUGACAGUGAUGACGACAGAUAUGACGGAGAUAAAAGAGACUCGAACAGAACCAGCACUGACGAGGAUGGUGACGGUGGAAGGAAAAAACCUCACGAUAGCAAAGACAAGGACAGACACCAUGGGAGACGCGAUAAAAACAGAAAUAGGUAUGACGACCGGGAUAGGUACAGGCCGGAUUAUUACGACAGAUUCUUAAGGGAUCCUUACCGGGAUAGGUAUGAUAGGGACAGGUUUUAUGACGACCCCUAUCCCAGGCGGCCCGGAUACGACAGAUAUGAUGAUUAUGGAAGAUACGAUCCCUAUCCCACUUCAGGCUAUAGAAGGCCAUAUUACGAAGAUCAGUACGAUAGAACUGGUGAUGUUUAUGGAGGUUACGGACCUGGAGUCGGCAGGGGACCUCAUGAGAGUUUCAGACCUUGGGAUGAAACGUAUCGCGGUCAGGCUGGUUGGGACGCCGGCGGGAGAGGGUACUACUUCGCAUCAGGCAGACCUGACUCCACGUGGGGACAGAGAGAAUAUUCUAGGCCAGGAACUGGAGGGUGGCAGAAUGGGUACUCAUCAGGAUAUAAUGGAUACACUGACCAGGGGCAAGGGUACCGUGGGACAGGGAUUGGAUACGGUUCGGGUAGUGGAUAUGGGUCAGCUGGUGGAUACGGGACGGGAGGUGGUUACGGAUCGGCUGGCGGAUAUGGAUCCGGAUUGGGUUACGGAUCGGGAUACGCAGAUGGUUAUCAGGACUUUAGCUACGGACAGACCAGCGGAUGGCGUAAUGUUGGAGAACGAAGACCUUACAGGGAUCAGAGCGGGGUGGCUUCUACGAUAACCAGAAUAACCCAGGACAACCAAUACGGACAGAACCGUCAGCCAGGACAAAACCAGCAGACUUACAAACCAGCAACCCACGGCCAAAGCACAACUCUAGCAACCAGUUAUUUAUAUCAGCGAGAUGACGCCCAAGCCAAAAUUGACACUACCGUGGCGCCAUCUUAAUUGAAUUUUAUAAUACCUAUAAGGACAUUCGCUUUUUAGAUAAAUAAUAACUUUGGGUUUAGACACAUAAUAUGUACCGAUGGCUAUAUGUCGUAUCUUUUUUAUACGGCUGUAAAUCUAUUUAAUUUAGAAACUAUAAAUAUUUACAACAUAAAGUUAAAUCCGUCUAAAAUGUGAAUCGGGUUGUUUUAAUCUUAAACUCUUCUUAAGUAGAUUGAAUAUUUCAUCAGCUUCCUUGAUCGUGAUGUGACAAAUCUACAGUGUGACUCGUUCUAUGUUUUUUUUUAAUUUUUUUGUGAAUAAAAAUUUACAUGGA